AUGUGGACCCCGCGGACCAGCCGACACAUUGAGAACGCGUGGCCGCUGCUGCGAGACUUUGGCUACGCGAAGGAGGAAAUCGCAGCGGUGGUGAAGGAGGCGGACUAUGACGAAGAGUUGAUUCAAGAGCGCAUUUCCUCGAUGGCCAUUGACGGAGCCGAAGGCCGGGGGUGGCGGAAAGUGGACGUCGUCAAGCCGCGUCCGAAGCGUCAAAAUAAACGGCCUGUCCGUAGAGACCAAGACGGAGGUCGUAGAGACCAAGACGGAGGUCGUAGAGACCAAGACGGAGGCCGCAGAGACCAAGACGGGGGCCGUAGAGACCAAGACGGGGGCCGUAGAGACCAGGACGGGGGCCGUAGAGACCAGGACGGGGGCCGUAGAGACCAAGACGCAGGCAACCGAAGGAGGUGGGACGAUAAUAAACAGACGGAUGACCGCCGCAGAAUGAACACCGACCGCCGCCAAGACGGCCGCCAGCAAGAUAGUCGCCAGCAAGAUAGCCGCCAGCAGGACAGUCGUCCGGACUCCAGGCCGGAGACCAGUCGUAAUAGGGGAGACGUGGCCCGUCGGCCGCAGAAGGAAGAGACGGACCGGAAUGACUCCUCCUCAGGAGCCCCGAGAGAUCCCGAGGGACGAACGGUAGACGCGCAGGACCAGACUGUCAACAACACCUCGGAGCCGCAACCACAGGGGGCGUCGGCCCCAGCGGGACAGACCACAGGGGGACAGGCGUCAGGAGGACAGACUUCAGGAGGACAGCCCACCGGCGGACAGCCGCAAGCGACCCUGUCUUCGCGAAAGGUCGGGACGUGGGCUGCUCGGUUGAGGUCUGACACGCAGCAGCAGCAGCAGCAGCAGGAUGUGCCCACUCCGGCGUUACCCAGUGCGCCCGCUCAGUCGGCCCCGGCACCGCCUUUGCCGCCGCCUCCUCGGGACAACACUUGGGCUGCGGUGGCUAGAGGCAUUAAGCACACGGACGAGAAGAAGGCCGAUCCAGCGCAGGAGCCGGAGCAGCCCGAUGAGAACGGGGAGGAUCUUGGCGGCGAAGAAAAGUCGCCCGAGGAGGAGCAGCCCAGCCAGGGUGGUGUGAUUGAAGAUCAUUCAGACAUGCGUCCUGACGCGCGGUCAGACCCUAGGUCAGACCUAAGGUCAGACCCGAGAUCAGACCUGAGGUCAGACGACCUGGCACGGUCCUUGCGCCAGGACCAGCCUCAAGACCGCCGUCAAGACCUCCGUCAAGACCUCCGUCAAGACCAGCGUCAAGACCUCCGCCAGGACCUCCGUCAAGACCUCCGCCAGGAUCUCCGUCCGGACGACCAGUCUGCGCGGUCGUCAUCGAACGCCGUGGGGCCCGGGUCGGGCGAGAGCGAGAACGCGGAGAGCGAAGAGUUGCGUACCGCGGCAGCUCCGCAUGUGGUGCCGACUGCUAUCCUGAAACCAGGCACGCACCUCUCGGGCUAUGCUGGCGGCCACGCACAGUACGCGCCUCCGCGAGGUCGACCUGACCCUGAUGCGUACGCGCUGCCGCAACCGCCCGCCCCGCAACCACCGCUAGCACCCCAUCAGGUACAACAACCCCACAGUCAACCCCACCCGCAACCCCAGAUACAUCAGUACGGCCACACGCCAGCUGGACACACACCCGGGCACACACCUGCCGGACACACACCUGCCGGACUCGCCCAUCAAGCCGUCGGCCACCAGCCAGCGGGCUUGGGUCAGCCGGCGGGGCUGGGCCAGCCUGCUGGGCUGGGGCUCGGGCAGCCGGGGCUCGGGCAGCCGGGGCUCGGCGUCGGUCGUCAGGUCGGACAGGCCGCGCCGUGGGGCGCAAGCAGCUCGGGCGAGAAGUGGAAUCAGUACGAGAAGGCCGGCUACCCCGCGCCGCCGGCUUACGCAUACACGCCGUCGUUCCGUGUGCCGUACCCACACGAGUUUGACUACAGCGGACGGCGCGUGCCCAAUGGGUUCAGCGGUGAUUACUACGCGCCGGCCUUCGCGGCGCAGCGGCUGGGCGAAGAGGCGGGCCGUGCAGGCGCCUACCCUGCGGCGCAGGAACGCACGGGCGCGUUCCCGCCAGACCCGUACUCCUUCUAUUACUACGACCAACGCUCCGGUGCCGGGCUGGCGCAGCCGCCUGCCGCGGCUGCCACCGCCGGAGGCGGUUACGACGGGCGCGCUUACGGACGUUACGAACAGCCGGCGGCUGGGGUGCCGAGCAGCGCCCGUGUGGACCCAGAGGAUGCGAGUCGACGUGGAGAUGGACGUAGCAACUACGCGUUCCGACGUGAUGCAGCUUACUAUGGAAUGCCGUUGUACAUGACCGUGCCACCUGACAAUCGCCCGAAUCCAUAUGUGGCUUAUACGGCGCAGCACUAUGGUGCCUACUACAACGCCACACCGCAACAGUACAACACAGCUCCGCCCGCGGCCGCGCCCCCUUCUGGCUUCAGCAACCCGACCUAUAACCAAGGCGAAUACAACAACCAGGCCGACUUUCGACGCGGCCGCUAUUAG